CAACGAGAUUAUAUUGCACGGCGCGAACAUAGAGUAUAAUCUGGGUUUACUUCAUCUUGAUAUAUAUAUAUAAUAGAAUUUGCGUCAAAAGAGUACGCACGGCCAGCAAUCCUCCCAAGACGAACUUCCAGUCUUGGAGCUUGAUGCAUUAUCCCUCCUCCAACUGAGAAAUCGGAUUGUAGAAUUUCUCCGAGAGGGCUCUCGGCAAAAAUUGCAUAGGGGCCGAAUGCAGCUUCACGGCCUCUGUCAAAUCAAUUCUGGAUCCGCAGGCAGCCGCUGCUUUGACGCCCACCGCGUUAGGGGAGACCACGUCCCCGGAUAUCUACGACUUGGCGCAGGAUAUCCAGGACAACUGGAAUUAUGAUUUCAAGAAGCUGAUUGGCGGGAACAUCAUUGCUGAGAACAACAAACCCUGGUUAAUCAUGGUUACGGCCAUCGUGGACAAGGUCCAAGCCGCGCGUGCGGUGGUGCCAUCGGCGGAUCUGGUCAAGAAAUGCACCACGGCGCUGCGGUGGGCGCAGGCUGCGCGCCUGACGGACCUGGUCGGGGACGUGACGGCAGACGCCUUGACGGGCGAGCGCACCAAGGCUUUCAUAGACAAUUUCGAAAAUAUUGAGCCGAAAAGCGUCACGCGAGCGCUGGGGAUUGACGAAACUGGCAGCGAGACCCGCGCGAUCGAAUUCGAGGAUUUGGAUUAUGAAGGCACGUCAGGGGGUGACGCAGACCAAUUAGCGGAAUUCAUGGCGUGGACCGAAACGACUCCGUCCAAGAAAACCUGGCCCAGCCACAGGAGACAUCGAGAGUGGGCGCUGCUCUAUGGAGAGAAGGCGACAAUAAUGGAGACAGCGUGUUCAAAUUGAAGGCUUCGUG